AUUCCGACAAAAGGUGGAGAAAGCUCUCAUAAAAAAGGGUGGACGAACCAUAUCUUUCCCCGACUAAAUUCGUAUCAGCUCCGAUCCGCAUCUUAAAUGUGCUUGAAUCUUUUCUACUACGUGAGAUCUAUAUAAAUAAAGAAAACCAUGUUAGGAUUCCUGAAGGGUAGAGAACGAGAGCGGAAAGGCUUCGCGAGGAUGAGAACGAGUCCCGGCGAGGUGGUGCUGCUAAGGGGGAUGUGGGCGAGCCCGGCAGUGCAUAGGGUAGCGUGGGCGCUGAGGCUAAAGGGAAUAGAGUACGAAUAUGUGGAAGAGGAUUUGGAGGAGAAGAGCAAAUCGCUUUUGGAAUUGAACCCUAUCACCAAGAAGGUGCCGGUUCUCGUUCAUGAGGGCAAGCCGGUAGUUGAAUCGCUCGUCAUUCUUGAGUACAUUGAUGAGGUCUGGACUUAUGGCGCUCCAUUAUUGCCGAAGAACGCCUAUGAGCGCUCCCGAGCGCGCUUUUUGGCAACUUUUUUGGAGGAUAAGGGUCGGGAGGCAGCAAGAAAGUUGUUCUUUGCAGGAGAAGGAGAGAGAAAAGAUUGCCUUGAAGCAUUUGAGGAUAUUCUUGAAGUAUUAGAGAAAGAGCUAAUAGCUAAAGGAGAGUUCUUUGGGGGACAAAGCAUUGGAUAUCUUGACAUAGUGGUGGGUUGGAUCCCUUUUUGGCUUGGGGUUAUUGUGGAAAAAGUUCUUGAUUUUCAGGUAAUUGAUGCUGCUAAGUUUCCUAAAUUUGCUACGUGGAGCAAAAACUUCUUACCUCAUUUUCCGGGAGAUAUGUUGGAGAGCGUAAUAACUUUACCUCCCGAGGACAUGGCUAUUGAGUACUUCACCAGGUUUCGUAAUCUUCAUUUGGUUUCAGCUAAGUGACAAGAAGCUGAUGAUAUACUUAAGAACUAGAUUUGUUUUUGUACUCGUGAUAGAACCUUACAAAUCCUCUGUGUUUUCAUCUAAUGUUUCUUUUUAGUUCACACGAAUAUUCGCCACUUAUAAAGCGAACAAUUUCUUAGAUGUGUUCUCAGUUACCUGUG